CAGUGAGCUACUAACUUCCCAAGAAGCCAAACGAUAUUUCCUGUUUUACGCUUCCGUUUUUGUAAUUACAGACUUCCAAAAUAAAAGUUGCUCUCGCUAUGGCGUUCGAAAAGCAAGUACAACUAAACAGAUCCUGAUCUGAUGUCAACAAAGGCUUGGGGAACAGGCGGCAAUGAACGGGAGAAAGAAACCUGUGAAGGACAUGGUCACCAAAUGAAAAUAGUUAGGGCACUAGGAUAUAGCUAGUGAGCGGGAGGAGUAUGGAGAAUGAUGAACUUCCGUCAGCGGAUGGGAUGGAUUGGUGUGGGUCUGUACCUUCUGGCUAGCGUGGCAGCCUUCUACUAUGUGUUUGAGAUUAACCAGAAGUACAAUAGACUGACACUGGAGCAUGUUGAGCAGGCUGAAAAGGUCCAGGAAGCCCCAUUACUUGGGGAGCCAGUCUCUUCAUCUAGCUCACCCUCUUCAUGGAUGCACAGUUUGAAAAUGCGGCUUCUCUCUUUCCCCUUUUGGUUGUGGGGCACCAUCUUCCUCAUCCCUUACCUCCAAGUGUUCCUCUUCCUCUAUUCCUGUACCCGUGCUGACCCAAAGACCAUGGGCUAUUGUAUCUUACCCAUCUGCCUGGCAGUGCUCUGCAACCGUCACCAGACCUUUGCCAAAGCAUCCAAUCAGAUUAGCCAGUUGCAGCUGAUUGACACUUAAAAGUGGCGAAGGAAAGAAGAUGCACACUGUCAAAUAGAGGGAAAGAGGAGGAAACACUCCCUGCUCAUUUAAUUUUGGAUUCUGCCAAGAUUGGUCAGCACUCCACAGACAUCCUUUAUGUAAAUUGAUAGGAAGCUGGAACAAUUUGUCAGUUUAAUGGCUUUGAUAAGGGAAUCAAUAUCAAUAUCUUGCACUUGAUAGACCGGUUUACUUUUGUUUCCUCUGUUGUAUUUUACAGCUCAUUGUGGUGUAAAGUCAGUCUGCUCUGAGGGAAAUAAGAUACCUGGAAGAUUGUGACACUAUAUAAAAAAAAAAAAAACAUUUGGCAAGUGUGAAAACACAAGUGAAUGAGUAUUGUGGAAAACCACAUGUAGUUUGACACUCCCUUCUUCGGAGUACGUCUUUUUGAGUGGAAUGUAUUGUAAAAUGAUUUGGAGCAUUGCUUUUAAAAAUUUGUUGUAUGUAUAAAAUUUCAGCAGUGGAUUCCAUAAAUGUUGUGAAAUCUCUUGCCUCGUGCUGUAGACAAGUCACAAAGUAAAGCAGAUUCCAAACAGUGUUGACAGUACCAGCCAUUGGGAAAAUAAAUACGUUAUUUAAAAGUGAAAUUUGUGUUCAGUCUCAAAACUGUAGUGUACCGACAGGCUGCUUACCCGACUGCCAUUUUAAGAGAAACAGCCUUGGGUAAAGAGUACAUUUGAAAUGUAAAAAGUUAUACCUGUCAAAAGAAUAUGGCCAUGAGGGACAAGGUAAUGCAAUUAUAAUUAUACCUUUAAUUUGUGAAUAUUUAUUUCAUGGAUCUGCCAUAUUGUGCCCUGUCAUAUCUGUCAAGACAUGACAUGGUGGAACAAGUGAAUGCUAUAACAUAAAAUGGCUUCCUUGUUACUGACUAAGAACACAGUGAACUAUUAACACCUGCAGGUAUACAUUUAUGAAAUAUAUUCUAGCUACAGUUCUUUAUUUGUUGCACAGAUUAUUUCCUUAAAGCACAACACUUUUUACAGAAAAAAAUGGAAAACUUCCUGAUUCUUUUGUUUUGUGAAAUAAUUUUAUCAUUCGUCACAAAAUACAUUAAUUCACACAUUUAUUUUAAAAUGUGCUAUUGCCUAUAAAAUGCUGGGUAGAGUGAUUAAUGUACAUUUUAUAUUUAUCUCUAUAAGGGCAUCUCUAGUCAUAGGAAGACAUUCUUUUUUUUAAUUUUUUUUAUUUGAUUGUGUGUUAAAUUUCUUCUAUUUAGAACCGGGGAAAAGGUUUUGCCAAAAUUCUUUAGCUUAUUUAGCCUUCCUUUCAAAGACAAUGCUUCUCAUUUAUAAACCAUAAAGUAUGUGAGUAAUCACCUUUGCUCUGGCCACAUUUUGAAUGUAUGACAGGUUUAUCCAUAUAAACCUAAAUGGUGUUGUAGAAGAAUUUCAUCAAAGACUGCUGAAGAAAUACUGUUACUAUCACUGCCUCAAGGUAGCCUAACAUUGUGUUGCCUGACCAGGUUAUUUCUAAUCCGCAUCAUGACCGUGUUUAUCUUUGUACUGUGGAGACAGAGAGAGGCCUUGGCCUGAAGUUAAACUGCCAUGCUCAUUGUUUUUGUGUCUAAAUAUUCCUCAACUUGUUUGAAAGUUUCUUUCUAUAUUCAUCUCAAAGGGCUUGUUGGUACUUGUCAAUUUGAGGGUAUUUAUAUUGGGGUACUGUUUUGCCUUUUAAAAAAAUUGCACUGUGAUUUGAUUGACUUAAAAACAAAUAAAACCUGUUUGAAGAUAAUUUUUCCUCCUAAAAAUGGUCUAAAAAGGAACUUAAUUGCAAAUAUUGUUGUUUCAUUGGUGGUAAACUGCUUUUCACAUGGAAAAUGUAUGUCAUAUAUCAUCUUGAAAAUAAUUUAUAAUAAAAUAUUUUGUGUA